AUGGGUGCCUACCGGAGUGUCCGCGGCUUCACGAUUUGCCUCACGAUCUGGACCUUAGUAGCAUCACAGGAGCUGUUCUCGAUCCGCAGCGUGGUUGCACCCAAUAAGUGCAUCGUUGUCGCUGAAGACCGUUUCGUUGAACUUGGAGACUGUGACGGCAAAUGGGCUGAUCGUCGCAUAUGGUAUUUCAACAAGACAUGGCUUGUCAACAGGAACUACACCUACGACGGUGGAGUGCUCUGCCUUCAGUUUGACAGCUCGUACUUUUACCCUGACCAUGGAAGACCUCUUCGGGUAAACGUCUGUAUAGAAGGCCAGCUCAACAUGCAUUGGUAUUGGGCAGGCGGCCGCAUCAGACACCUUCAUAGUGCCUACGUUCUUGACCUUCCGGGCAUCAACAUUACGGACUUCGCGCCCUUCACGGCGGAGGCCCAGCAUGUGGCAAUAGAAAGCAAGGAAGACUCGUACAGCCUCAGUGACCAGCAAUUCUUCGCGCAUGUGGAGACGACCCUGGGGCCUCCCGAUGGUUUCGAAACUGUCAGACGCGAGGCGGAAGAGGUGUUUGAGGUGUCGAUACCCAAUGUCUGUCCAGAUGGAUCGAUUGGUGAACGAAAUUUGUGUGCAUUUGAGCAUAAGUUGGGCACAGGAUUGUUGUGCGAAGGCGGCCCUGUUAGCCGUCGAUGUGUGUGUUUCAAUGGCUACUUUGUUCACGUGAUUGCACGUACAGCCUUCGCACCUGACUGGGGCCUGUCGCAGUACACGUGCUGUGAAGGGGAGGGCACCUCCGAACCGUGCGGAGAUUGGUACUUCCUGGGCCCCCUUGCUGCUGCUGUGCUUGCGCUGGGGGUUGCGGGUGUGGUGACAGCAACUCUUAUGAUCCAGUACUGCCCUCCGACCAUUGCCCCGGCCAACGAAGAGGACCUCCAAGUUCUGGCGCCCCAACAUGUCCUUGACGGUGCGACUUUGCACGCAACCGUGGAGCCGGCAAAGUGGGGUGUGAGCUUGGAUGAUUUGAGGCAAUUCAAGCGCCUGGUGCAUCAUGGCAUUCAAUCUGGACGAGUUCGCCCCACGGACUUGGACCCAUUCUCCAUAGCAGACAUCACUCAAGGGCCCACAGCCUAUACGGUCAAUGAGCAGCUGAUCAAGCCGGUUACAGCAGCCGCUGGCAAUGUGAGUUGGGCCUUAAUGAAGUAUCCUGCAGGCUUGUUGUGUGAAGUCUUCGUCACGCACGCAUGGGCGGAAGGCAUCUUUGACUUCGUGGACAAAGUGGCGCACUCAUGGCCGCGGGGAGCCGUGGGAGCGUACGUGUGCUUCCUCUCCAAUCCUCAGAACCAGGACAUCGCAAGCUUGAUCCAGAACCCCAGGGAGUCACCUUUUGCCAAUGCCUUGCAUCGCUCGUCAUCCGUUCUCGCGAUGCCAAACCGUGCAGUUAGCAUCUACACGCGCGUCUGGUGCGUGUACGAAGCAUUUUUGGCGUCCUCAUGGGAUAAGCCGAUUCGGAUUGCAACCCGACCCUCUGUCAGCCAAUGGCCCAAAGUUGUCCGCGUGCCCUGUGCUGGCCUCGCAGCCUGCGGAACAGGGAUCCUGGUCGUCAUGUCCCAGGCCAAGUUCUACGGCUUCACCAGAGCCUCGCAGGAUUUACUCACCAUCCUCGACCUCGCAUUUCUGGGGGUGGCGGCUGCAUGUGGAAGCCCUUUGCUGGCGCUGUACUCGUUUCGGAAGCUCCACUCGCCCGUGAGCCAGAUGGCAAUUUAUGGCAUGACCAUUUUUCUCGCACUCGCUCUGGCCAUUCGUCUUUGCGUCCACGGGUUCUUGGAUGCGACGGUAAUGAUUGCAACUCUCACAGCAUUCUUGGGCGUGACUGGGUUGGAGGCAGACCGGCAGCGUGCCAUCGUUGCUUCGAGGCAAGCAAAUGAGCUUGGGAAAGAGUUCACUGGCACGGUUCGGAAUGCCACGAGCUCCAACGAAGAUGACUCGCGUAAAAUCUUCACUGAGAUUGAGGAAAAUGGCCAGGCGGAAGCCAUUGACCAAAUGGUGGGCUCACUAAUCGCGACCAAUAUCUCCACGAAGCAGAUGCGCCUAACCAUGGAGGUUACUGGCCGACUGGGUGAUGCGUCGCGCUGGAGCAGGACCAUUCUGGUCCUCAGCCUCUGCUUCCUGAUCUUCCAGUGCCGGCAGGUGCACGCGUAUCGCUUCAAUGAGAGUGGCGCUGCCCUUGGAUGGCUUCUGUUGGGAUCUGCUUGUCUCGAAGCCCUCCUCUGGCCCUUCAUCUUCUUUCGGCUCCCGAUUGAGUCUAAAGCCUUCGCAGAAAGAUGCUGCAAGCUAUUCUUGGUGCUUCUUCCUGGCAUGGUUGGUCUUUGGGGCGGUCUCUCCUACGACGUCGCCGCCCACCUGGGUGUGAUCCCGCUCAUCCUCGUCAUGACCAUCCUCGGACCUCUGCGCGUAUCACGUCUGCCUCUUGUUGGGGCCCCACUGGUGCGCAUGCUCUUUGGACGAAGCCCCUGUCGAGCGAGCGGGCUGAAGCGUGAGGGCGCGCCGUCAGUGCAGCGUGAUGCUGGUGACGGUGGAAACAAUGACACCUUCUCGAUGUGA